CCUUUCAAUGUCUUUUUAAAGUCGCUCCAUUAGAUUCUCGCUUGCAGUUCUGUACCUGCAAUUUUAGCUCGAUUUUAGCCUAUAAAGCCAGCAUAUGUUCACCAUUUUAUAGAUCACGAAUGAAUCUAUAGAAAGAGAGAGAGAGAGAGAGAGAGAGAGAGAGAAGGAUCUUGAAUUCAAAUUCAUGGUUUCCUUUCAAAGUUCUAUCUCUCUAAGGGAGAGAAAGCCAUUCGCGGACUCCGAAUGCACGUCGAAGAAGCGAAAGUGGGACGAUAGAGAAAGAGAAGAAGAUCCAACAAAAGAAUCGAAGACGAUGCUAGAUAUCGAGCUUCAUCUUGAAACACCUUUGCCUUUGGAGUGGCAAAGAUGCCUCGACCUCCAGUCAGGAAAGAUCCACUUCUACAACACAAGGACCCAAAGGAGAACCUGCAAGGAUCCAAGAGAGAGCCCUGAGCCCCAGGACUUGCACCCCAUGAGCCUAGAACUCAAGCUCAAUCUCCCAUGUGAGUCAAUAGAAGCCCAUGCAAAUGGCAAAGAGAAUCAGAUGAAGCACCAUCCCAAUAGCCCACAUGAUUCCGGCGACUCGAGUAAGAAUUCUAGCCCGCCGAGGACUACAAAUUCAAGCGGCCUCUCCCGUUCCCUCUCUUGGGUGUCAUUCGAUGCCGAUCAUCAGGAGAUGGUUGCGGCCGUAUGUAUGCGUUGUCACAUGUUGGUCAUGCUUUGCAAGUCAUCACCUUCAUGCCCAAAUUGCAAAUUCAUGCACCCCCCAAACGAAAAUCCAUUGACCUUGUUUAAGCCCAACCUAAGCCUCCUAUGUUGCAAGGAUUGAUUAUAAAAGAAAAAAAAAACCUGCACUCAUAUCAUAUCUUGUAUUGAAGGCCCACUGGACUUUUAUCUUGUGAAGAGUGGAAAGAGAAAAAGAAUAGUAAAAGAGAGAUCAUAGGAUGAAAUUGAGUCAUGAUGGUGUAAAUAGGCUAGUAGAUUGGGAGGUGUAAGUGUAAUUUUUACUAUUUUGUAUAGGGUGAAAGUGCUGAUAUAUGAAAGGUGGGGGAUGGAGGAAAACAAGAUUUCCUUUUGUAUGGGUUGGUAUUCUAGGAUAAAAAGGAAAUGGGUGAGGAUUUUCUUUGGAUUGAUGACCUGUGUUUAACUUGUAGUAGGAUUGGAUAAAAGAUCUUAGUAGAUUCUUGUUAUUUGAAUGCUCUUUUUUUAGGUGGA